GUAAGCUGCUAGAGUACUUUCCAAUAGCCCCGCCGGAUAGCUUUCUCAGGGUCUAGCGACUCCGGCCCACCCCCAGCCGAAUUUCCCAGGUAGCCAUGUCAGAAUGCUGCGAGGGCAUCUCCAUUACCGACUCCAAGGCGCAGUCUGAGUGUGCCCAGGAGAAAUCGACUGGCCUGGAUGCAUCCAAUCUGUCACUGCCAGUGCCUCGGGAGGCAGAUAGUACCCGCCGCAAGAAGCCGUGGUCCUUUUUUCUCGCCUUCCUUGCCCUGCUGUUGAUGGUCUUUCUGGUGUCGCUCGAUGCGACCACUUUGGCUGUCGCCAUCCCGGCCAUUACCAGUGAACUGUCCGGGACUACACUCACAGCCUUCUGGGCCAGCAUCUCCUUCACCCUGGCCGUUGUGGUCGUCCAACCGAUCUAUACCAGUGUUUCCGACAUUAUUGGACGAAAGCUUCCACUCUAUGCCGCGUUUUUUCUCUUCUUCGUCGGCUCCAUUGUCUUCUCCGUCGCCCCGAGCAUGGCCGUCCUGAUCUUAGGUCGGGUGCUACAAGGGCUCGGAGGUGGUGGCCUGGACGUUCUCAGUGAAGUUAUCGUUGCGGAUAUUACCACUCUCCAGGAACGUGCCCUGUAUAUCGGUCUGCUAUCAAUUCCCAUGGCAGCCGGUAGCAUCUUAGGGCCUAUUCUUGGGGCGUUGUUCAGCGAGUAUGUGGACUGGCGGUGGAUUGGGUGGAUCAAUCUUCCCAUCAUUGCUGCGGCAGUCCUGCUGGCAAUAUUCUUCAUGCGUCUCAAACCAGUGACCGACUCGUUCCGUACACAGCUUGCACGGCUGGACUGGCUGGGGAUUGUGCUAUUCACAAUCGGAUGCACAGUGUUCACAUUGCCUCUGAGCUGGGCAGGCAACAUGUACCCGUGGAAAUCUUGGCAGACAAUCGUGCCCUUGGUGAUCGGAGUGCUGGUUCUGGUGGGUUUCGCUGUCUAUGAGUCUCGACCAGAAGCUCCAGUGUUUCCAUAUCGCAUUUUCCGGUCACGGACAGCCCAGAUGUCCCUUAUUGGAAGCUUUAUUCACGGCCUCGUCCUAUACACUUUGUUAAUGUACUUGCCGUUGUUCUUCCAGGCUGUGUACCUUGAAUCGGCACUGAAAUCGGCUAUUACUAUGCUCCCGUUUUGCUGCGUCCUCAUGGGAUUCACGGGCAUCGCGGCCUGGGCGCUAGAAUAUUUUCGGAGUUAUCGCUGGGAGAUUUGGGGGGGCUGGGUCUUUCUCACUGUCGGGGUUGGACUUUUUUCUCUUUGGCAACGUGGUACCGACCUUGCGAUGACGGCGAGCUUCCAGGCUAUUGCGGGAGUCGGGAUUGGCACGCUCUUUACGGUCCCUCCCAUUCCGAUGCAAGCAAGCGCUCCGACCACCGAAGACCAAGGCCUGGCCAUAGGAAUCAUGGUUUCUUUCCGACUCUUUGGAGCACUCAUCGGGCUUGCCAUCGGGUCCACCACGUUUGGAAGUGUUUUCGAGCGCUCUCUGUCGUCGGUCUCGUUGCCAGAGUCUUUGGCCUUUCUCCGAACAGCCAAUGAAGCCGUAAGCUAUAUCCCUCACCUCAGGACCGCAGAUAUGUCCCCGUUACUUCGGAGUGAAAUCCAGGAUGCGUACAAGGAUGCCAUGCAAACCAUUUGGUAUAUCUUAACGGCUUUUGGUGGGGUGGGAUUUUUCACCUCGUUCUUGAUCGAGCAACUGAACAUCGAGACAGAAGAGCUGGGCAGGCAGCAUUUUGAGCACGAGUCAGCAUAGUGGCUAUGCGAGUACAUCAUUCACUGGAGUGAUGUUGACACCUAUAUACAGCAGCGUGGAUGGAGCUGGUUCUGAAUCUAUGUCACGAUACUAGAAGGCAGUGUAACUGGCUUUGAUUGAAAUUGUAUUUUAUCCCUUACCGCUCCAGGGCAGAGUGAGUCUUAGGGAUGUAAGGCUCUUCCAAGUACUUGAUCUCCUCAUCGGUCAGCUUGACCUUGAUACUGGCAACAGCCUCGUCGAUCCGUUCCUUGCUGUUGAGUCCA